AUGUAUGUACUUCAACAGCUCGCGUGCGUUGGCAUCAGGCUCGACGUCGCGGAGGAGGAAGGAGACGAUGAUGGAUAUAGUCGCUCGUUCGGGAGAGAACUCGCUCUGAACUUGGACAGUGAGAAGCCGGGUAUCAGUGCUGCUCAUCUGCGCAAGAUCUGUGGUAUGGACCCUCUGCCUGGUGAUGACAGGGCAGACUUAUCCCGCGAGCAAGUCACGGCACCUAUUGACAGCGACGAGGACGAGUCGGGCGGCUCUUUCGGCCGUCGUGGUCGUUCUCAGCGUGACGAUGAAUGUGUUGCCUGCUGA